UACAAGGUGCGCAUGCGCGUGGUAAAUCGCCGCCGUGGCGUCGUCGUCCACACACACCGCCGACUCGGCCGUUCGCUCGGCUGUCACUUUCUGUUUGUAGUACGUGUUUUUUUGAUACAUUUUAAAGCUAAGCCGGGGGGCGCCGCCGACGUACAACCGCCGCCACCAAUAUACACCCGCACGCCGCCUCCGUUGCCGCCGCCGCGAUGACCACAUCGUCCGAGUAUGGCAAUCCACUACGGAAGUUCAAGCUGGUUUUCCUCGGCGAACAAAGCGUCGGGAAAACAUCCCUCAUCACCAGAUUCAUGUAUGAUAGCUUUGAUAACACUUAUCAGGCAACAAUAGGCAUAGACUUUCUAUCCAAGACCAUGUACCUUGAGGAUAGAACAGUCCGACUGCAGUUGUGGGAUACUGCCGGCCAGGAACGCUUCAGAUCGCUGAUUCCUUCAUACAUUCGAGAUUCGACCGUCGCCGUGGUUGUUUAUGAUAUUACAAAUGCCAACUCAUUUCAUCAAACUUCCAAGUGGAUCGACGAUGUGCGGACGGAGCGAGGCACGGACGUCAUUAUUAUGCUCGUUGGUAAUAAAACUGACUUGUCUGAUAAGCGACAGGUUGUCACCGAGGAAGGUGAACGUAAGGCGAAGGAGCUCAACGUGAUGUUUAUUGAAACCAGCGCGAAAGCUGGCUACAAUGUUAAGCAGCUAUUUAGACGUGUUGCCGCCGCAUUGCCAGGCAUGGAUUCCACGGAGAAUAAGCCACCAGAAGACAUGCAAGAGGUCGUCUUGAAAGACACGCCGAACGAGGCGAAAGAUCCGGACGGAGGCUGUGCAUGCUAGUGACGAUUUUGUUGAUUCUGAUUCCUUCCUCGUUUUGUUUGCCGAGCAAGAAAAAAAAAACUGAAAUGAACACCGCGCGAAUCAUGCUUUUAUCGAUUUAAUUUGGUACCGGUGCAUUCAAACAUCUCGACCAAGCAACUAAUAAUUUAAUCAAAACGAGAUUUAACACAAAAAUCAAAGUCAGAUUUGAUAAACUUAAUAACUAAGAGAGAAAAAAGUAUUCGUGCCUUGGGUAAAUAUUAAUUUCGUUUUUAAAAUAUUACUUUUAAAGUAAUAUUACACUAAGCAAAAUAAUAAUCAAAAUGAAAAGUUUUGCUCAGCGUAAAGCGCUUUAAAGUCUAAGAUAUAAAGUUUAAGUAAAACAAAAACAUUUAUUAACUGAAAGAAAAAAAGGCUCUAAUAUUUAUUGCAUUUAAUAUAUUUUAAAGAAACUUGUAUGUACUAAUCAUAAUCGUAAACCAAAAGAAUUCAAUGGCAACAAUAACCAACCGAACGACGACAACGAUGAAAAGAUGUAAAUAAUUUUUAUAAAUUAUCGGCGGACACGUUCGAAUGUUUGUGUAAAACGUAGUUAGAUAUUCGAAUGAUCGAUUUGUUAGGUAAUAAGUGUUAAUACAUAGAUCCUGCCACCAUUUUUGCGAUGUUUGUUAGCCUUGUUAGUCGCUUACGUAGGGGAGGAUUAUUUUCUUAACCCGCCGCACCCACAGCCGUCGACCUGCAGACACAGCCGCAGCUGCAGAAUCAUCAGAACGACUCCGAGGGCGGCUGCAUGUGCUGAGACAACAGCGCCACCACCACCAGCGAUAUGAAGAAGUGAUGAUGAUGAUGAUAAUGAUGUGAAGACUACUCCUCCCCCCGCAUUCGCACGCACACACUCGCAAGCAGCAGAAUGGAUCAAUUAACGGAAAAAUAUUUACAAUGAAUUUUACUAGUUAAGCUCUCACUUCAUUCAAAACAAUAACGUGUAGCCUGAACCGUUGAAGCGCUAAGUGUGAGAUUUAUUUGCGUUGUUACGAUUUCGAUGGGCACUGUGUGCGUGUGUGUGAGACACGAUGCAGACGAAACAAUAUUGUUCUUAUUAAUUGCGCGCAUCGAUCGAUUUUUAUUUCGGUUUGUUUGUUUAUUCGCGGAUUUACCAAAUAGCCAAUUCUACCGACUUUUACAUACCAUACCAUAUUGCAGAUGCAUACUUGAAUUAUGAUCACGACUGUAUAUUCAUGCGAGAAUGGAUGCGAUUGUAAUUUUUCUAUUACUAUUAAACAUGAUUUUGCCUAUUUAAUAA